GAGGAGGAGGAGGAGGAUGAGGAUCUUCUCAUAAUGAGCAUUAAAGAACCGGAGACUGAACGAGCAGAGCCGCUCGGUUGUUCUGCAGAAACACGCAGACUCAGAGGGGGAGAUGACUAAAGAGGAAGUGCUGAAGGAGUCCUCGGAAGGCGACGCAGUCCUGGACCGGUCCCGUGUUCUUUCCCACGCUCCCGCUCGCCCCGUUAUUCACCAGGUGGCAUCCGCACCCAUGCCCUCUGACUCCGAGUUUUCCUUCUUCGACCCCAGUGAUCCUCAGUGUAGGGUGGUGCUGUUGGAUCCCCGUACCACAGUGCCCGAGUUGUUUGCGGUGCUCAGACAGUGGGUCCCUCAAGUGCAGAAGAACAUAGCACUCAUCGGUAACGAGAUUCUGAAGCGAGGCUGCGGUGUCAAUGACAGAGAUGGUCUUACCGACAUGAGCCUGCUGCAUUACUGCUGUAAAGCCGGAGCACCAGGCAUAGGAGAUGCAGAGAGUGCAGCGAGUUUUGCCCGGAAACUCUUAUCUCUAGGAGCAGACCCGUGCCUGCGCAGCCGCUGGACCAACAUGAGCGCCCUUCAUUACGCCGCUUACUUCGACGUCCCUCACCUCAUCCGCGUGGUGUUGCAGGCGUCACAGCCGGGAGAAGUGGAUGCCACCUGCAGCGAUUUUGACUUCGGCACCGCCCUGCACAUCGCCGCCGCUAACCUCUGCACAUCUGCCGUCCGCUGCCUGCUGGAGCUCGGAGCCAAUCCAGCAUUCAAGAACGAUAAGGGACAGUGUCCUGUGGACGUGGUGCCUGAACCUCUGGACAUGCCUCUUGAGAUGGCAGAUGCUGCAGCUCAAGCCAAAGAGCUUCGGACGUUGCUGAGGGACGCUCUACCCCAACCCCUCACUCCUCGUCCCCGCGUACCCGGACAAUCCCUCGACCUUUACUCGGAGAGGGCCCAAGCACACCUCGCCAAUAUGGGCAUCCACGUUGGAGACAAGGUCGUCAUUGCCGGACAGAAGGUGGGGACCCUGCGCUUCUGUGGUAGCACUGAGUUCGCUGGGGGUCUCUGGGCCGGCGUGGAGCUUCAGCAACCAGAGGGGAAGAACGACGGAUCCGUUGCUGGUGUUCACUACUUCACCUGCCGUAUGAAGCACGGAAUCUUUGUUCCUCUGUCUAAAAUCAGUAAAUUCUCAGAGCGUAGCAGACCUAUCCCUCGUCACCCCGGCGCUCCUGUCCGCCCUCCUCGUCACAUCGACCUCUCCCGGGUCAAGUCGAAAGUUGACACAGGUUUGGCAUCAAACAAGUCGCGGUCCUUACCGACACUAGCGGAUGGUGCGGAUGUUCAGACAGGUCCUCUUUCACGCAGCUGUUCCACUUCAACCUCCUCUCUGGAUUCCAGACACGGCCCUGUCCUCCGCCCUCCGAUUCCCGCCCCCAGACAGAGACGUCCCCUUCGUCCUCGGCAGGAAGUGGCUCCUCCAAGCUCCAGAUCUACUCCUCCACCAUCCUCGCAGUGUGGUUUGCCACGCAGCAGGACGCCGUCAGCCUGCAGCUCAGUAUCAGACGCUCCCGUAUUGCGAUUGGGGGAACGAGUUCUUGUGAUCGGUCAGAGGACAGGAGUGGUCCGAUUCUAUGGCAAGACCAGGUUCGCCCCAGGAAUUUGGCUUGGAAUCGAACUGGACAAGCCCAGUGGGAAGAACGAUGGCUCUGUCGGAGGGGUGAAGUAUUUCAGCUGCCCGCCUAAACAUGGAGUGUUCGCUCCACCUUCACGAGUGCAGCGGAUCCAUGGCUCCGUCGACUGCCUGUCAGAACUGUCUUCCUCCCGAUACAAUCCUAUCUCCACUGGAAUGCGUCGAAGUUUGAGCAGCACUUUAGCCAUUGCCUCGCAGCGAGAGCCAAUUCGGAAGACUUCGGCAAACCGCAACCAUUUGUCCAGCACGCGGCGGCGAUGGAGCUCGCUCAGCUCUCCCUCAGCUGCAGCCUCACCCCGAGGUCCGGGCACUCUAGGUGGCAUCGUCAGCCCCUCUGGCACGGACAGCGCUGUCAAACUGCACCUGGGCAUGCAGGUCUUGCUCAGCAGCGCCAAUGAAAUGGGCACCAUCCGCUACUUUGGCACUACUGACUUUGCUGCAGGCCUGUGGCUAGGUCUCGAGCUGCGCAGCGCUAAGGGGAAGAACGACGGUUCAGUCGGCUCUAGGCGCUACUUCAGCUGUCGGCCUCUCCAUGGCGUCCUGGUGCGCCCAAGCAGGGUUUCCUACCGCGGUAUUAACGGAGCCAAGCUGGUAGACGAAAGCAGCUGAGACCACAGGCUAUUAUCGUUCUCUUUUUUUUUUUUCUUUUCUUUUUUUCUUCUCACUUUCACCUGCCUCUCAGCGCUGUCAUGCUCUUUUUCUUCUCUAGUAAAUAAGCAGCUGGAUGGAUGGAGAGACAAUAUGCCGCCAGAGGACAAGAUAAAGCACUUGGAAAGCACAAAGGACAGGGUUAUUAGUCAGCAAUUCAGUCUGUGUAAUGAGAUUUAUUGUGUGUUGUUUGGGUUUUGGAUGAUGUUUACCAGGGAAUUGAGUUCAGUCAUUUGUUUUCUUGCUAGAAAACGUUCACCUUGGAAAUGACGUCAGUUAUUUAAUUUAUACUCAGUUAAGUUAUUAUUUAGUAUAAUGUAGUUACCUGGUGGUUUUGUGUGUUUGCGUGCGUGCGUGUGUGUGUGUGUUUGCAAGCGUGUGCGUGUGUGUUGUUGUUUUUUUCUUAGCUAACAAUUUAAUUUUGUUUGUUAGGUGAAUAGCUGAGCAGUAGCAAAUUGUAAGCACUUUAAACAAAAAUUAAUGCGAAUUAUGACAAUGACUUUUAUUAGGCUUAUGGUAUAUAAUGAGCUGUGAACAUACUGUAUUAAUGUCAUGUUAUAAAGCACUGAUAAGGUAUUAUACACAUUGUAAAUGCUAAUGAAAAUGCAUUAAACUUUAUACAAUAGCAAUGUUUAGGACAUAUUAUGAAUUCUUAACACAAUCAGUUAUAAAUCUUUAUUAAUUAUAAGACGUAUCUGUUUCUUCAGUACUUGGGCUAAUAAAAAAAAUAAAUAAUAAUAAAAAAACACAGUAAACAGUGUUUAAAUGAUGGUACUUACAGUAGAUAGUCAUCUUAUAACCCAGUGUAAGGUUUUAUCCAAUGACGGAAACUUUAAAGUACUUUUGUAAGUCGCUCUGGAUUAGAGCGUCUGCUAAACGCCUAAAUGUCAAUGUAAGUAGCGCACACUUAUUAUUACAGCAAGGAAAUAAUGCACUUAUACAUUGAGGCAGAAUAAAGUAUUAAUAUAAUGUAUUAUAAUAAUGUAUUAUGAACUUAUAACAUUGCUUUAAACAGCAAUACAUUUUAAUGAACAAUGUGAGUAAUGCCUUACGAAUGCUUUAUAACAAGAAAUGAAUCUAUUCAAAGGUCAUUAUACAUACAGUAUGGCCAUAUAGAAAGUGGUUAUAGUGUUUUUGUUUGUUUGUUUCUUUCUUUCUUUUUUUACUUUAGGCAUUUCUGUCAUAUUGUUGAGAAUGAGUCCAAGAUGAGUCCACUGCAUACAAUCGCACUUUACUGGUGUUACUACUGAACUCCCACACAUUUUCUUUCCCUCCCAAGAAUACAUUUUCAACAGUUGCUGAAUAUAGAUGUACUGUAUGUUUAUGUUGCUUUUUUUUCUCAUUUUUUAUUUAAUGAGGGGUUUUUUUUAAGCAUUUGCAAAGUCACAAUCAGGCAAUUUGAAUUUAUUAUUUACCCAUCUGAUUUCCUUCUAAAUGCAUCUUUAGGAAAUAAAUUUUCCCGGAAGAAUUA